AUGUCAGGUUCUGUGCUCAACUUUGAACCAUGCGGUCGUGAUCGUCAUAAUCCUUCUGUGGUCUCCUUGAUAGCCUCGUCCCAUCAAAUACAACGCGAAUGCUCUUAUUCACAAUACAUUUUUUGUCAACAGUCGAACAAUGCAUCCGACUGUGCAAUAUAUCUGUUGGUUGAGGACAGAUAUACGCUGUUCACCGCGUUAAUGGCUUCGAUACGUAAACGAGCUGCCUCUGAUGCUGAUGACCUCUUGCCGUCGAAGCGCUCAGCUUUAGGAGAUACACCUCUACAACUUGCCUUAAAAGGGCCUGCUCCUUUUAGUGAUGAAGAACCUGCAAUUGCGGAAAGAGAACGAGUGGAUUAUACAAAAAAGAUAACAAUUGCAAUGGCUAAAGCAGACACAGCUGGACGUCCUGUACGAAUUUAUGCUGACGGUAUAUAUGAUUUGUUUCAUCACGGACAUGCCAACCAAUUAAGGCAAGCAAAAAAUGCAUUCCCAAACGUCUAUCUGAUUGUAGGAGUGUGCGGUGAUAAGAGCACUCACAAAUACAAAGGUCGCACGGUGACAUCGGAGGACGAGAGAUAUGAAGGGGUGCGACAUUGUCGUUAUGUGGACGAAGUUUACCGCGAUGCACCUUGGUUCUGUACUGUUGAAUUUCUUAAAGAGUUAAAGGUUGAUUUCAUCGCACACGAUGCCAUACCUUACGUUGCACCUGGGGAAGAAGAUUUAUACGAGAAGUUUAGGAAGGAAGAAAUGUUUAUCGAAACUCAGCGUACAGAAGGCGUUUCCACUAGCGAUGUUGUUUGUCGGAUAAUUCGAGAUUACGAUAAAUACGUGCGGAGGAACCUGCAACGAGGUUAUUCUGCGAAGGAGUUGAACGUCGGCUUCUUAGCGGCAAGCAAAUACCAAAUUCAAAACAAAGUGGACAGUUUGAAAGAAAAGGGGUUGGAGUUCAUCAACAACUGGAAGAGUCGAUCCGAUGAGUUUAUAAGAGAUUUCUUGGAUACGUUCCAUCGAGAUGGACGAUUGAACGCGUUUGGUGGACGCCUCAAAGAGUUGGUAUCCCGAUCGCCUUCGCCUACUGCCGAACGCAUAUCCACAGAAGAUCAGGACGAACAUGACGGAUAUGAAACUCCAGACGAUAGGAGACGCUCAUCGAACGGUUCUUCACCACACAGAAAUAUCUGA